AAGCUAGAUGGGAAGGAGAUGAUGCAACCUCCACAAUCUAGAGCCUUGUUGGCUUUUUCAAGUCGUUUCAAAACAGAACAAGGGGAAGAUGACAAGAAGGAAGAGGUGGUGUCUGAGUUGAGUAAUCGUGGCAGGACAACCGCAGCUGAAUCUAAUGGAAGGAAGCUCAACCUUAGGAAGAAGGCAGCUGAGGAGUCCCAAGAAUCUAAAAGGACCGAGAAAUUGGUUAGAGCCCGAAGAGAUUACGCAGGUGCCUCUUCAUCUACUGCUACAGAAUUCACCAGCUUAUUCAAGCAAGGGUAUCUCAAAUUCCUGAGGCUCCGAACUUCUGUUGCUAAGGAUCAUAUGCCAGAUGAGAAAAUAAUGUUCAAAAUCCAUCACCCCAAUGGGAAGAAAUGUUGGGAUGUGGUUUAUUUGGGGAGGUUUGGAGUUUUCUCUGGUGGAUGGCAACGUUUGGUUAAAGAGUAUCCCCUUGUUGUUGGGGAUACCUGCAAAUUUACAUUCAUCAAACCAGAGGAGCUACUUCUAGUUGUCUCAAAACCCUAAUGAUGAUGGAUGUGAGGGUGUCUUGGAGAAGAAAUUACUACUGAGUAAAACAACUCUGUGUUUAUUGAUGUUGUCUUAAUACUUUAGUUUGGUUUUAAGUUGGCAUCUGAACUUUGCUUCCUGUCUGUCUGAUGUAUCUCUGUAGCUUAAUAUGUUGGGACCAAUUAUCAGAAUCAUUAUAUGUAUGAAUGACUCUAAAAUCAAAUUAUCAACCUAAU